GUUUGAAAAAAAAUUGUCAAGAUCAAGAGCAACAUAAACAAAAAAAAAACAGUGACGAUCAAGUUCAACAACUUGUUAAACGUCGUCAUCAUCAAGAAUAAUCAACAUAGUAAAAAGAAUAAACAUCAGCAGUCGCAACUGUACUUGAUAUUUAAUUGUAGCCGACAAUUUUACAAGGACGAUCACGUCGCAGCUUUUGUGUUCUUGAAAGUAAAUAACCUGAAGAAAGAAGAAGGAAAACAGUCAUAAAUAUAAUGAAGAUUUGUUUAAAAAUUGGAUCAGACUGUGAUCAUAAUCCAGAUGAACUAAUGAUUCCAUUCACAAUGGUUUACUACCUUACAGUAUCUUUUGUUAUUCUAAUCCAGCUUCUCAUAAUCAAGAAACUAUUCUACCGCCUUCCAAACAGCGUUAAUGAUCUAAUGAUCCUCAAAGCUAUCACAUUUGCAUCAUUUCAAGUCAUAGUAUUUAAUAUGUUUGGUAUAGGCGAGUCACACGAUGACGUGCAUAUAAACUUUCGGAUCUUUAUUCUUGCAUUCCAACUUUUGUCAACUGUGCUUCUAAGCAUUUUAAUGAUUGUUGGAUUUUGUGAGAUUCAAAGAGUCAGGAAGUAUGAUCAAAUGGCUGUGACUGAUGAAGACGAAAUGGAAAGAGGAAGUGGAACUGAUUUUUAUUUCAUGAAAGUUAAAUUCGUGUUUAUUGCAUUUGGAAUGCUUUACAGUGCUAUUCUUGUGGUUGGAAUGUCUUUAAUCUUUAAAUUGAUGGAAGUAUCAGAAGAAACUGGAAACUCGUUGGUUUCUUUAACGCCAUCGAUGGAAUUUGCCAGAAAACUAACACAAGAAGACAUUGAUAUUAGCUUUUAACAUAGCUUUCUGUAAAAUUUGGUUCUAUCUGGUGGAUUUUCAUAGUUUUAAGAAUUUCAUUGGAAUGUGUAUGGAAAAACUUCAAAGGAACUGUCAUGAUUCAAAACAGAAAGAUGACGAUUAAGUCGAUGUGUUUAUUAAACAUCAUAUUUUAAUAGUGGACAACCUUUUUACGGGAAGUCAAAUUAUGCUAAACAUGCGAAAUUGGUCAAAAUGGUGAAAAAUGAUCAAAAAGUGAUUGGAACCCUAACAAACGAAUGAGUAUACUCAUGGGACCGUAACAUACUCAAGAGUAUGUUCUGAAUAUACUUUUGAGUUUUUUACUGUACCAUGAGUACACGCACUUGUCUGUUAGGGGAAAGAGUUUCAAACUCUUAAAAGUGGCCUUCUUUACAAUUCGAUAAGAUUAGUCAACUGCUUUAAGGUUUUUAAUAGAUUUAUGGCUUGUUCCAUAAAGACCGU